AUGUCGACGUUACAGAAUAAGCGUGAAAAGCGUCUCCGUGAAAAAGGUGAAGCAACAGAUACUGAAAUAGUAUAUGUUAAUUCGAUGAUACAAUUGAAAAAACAACAUUCGCACCGAGUAACAGCAUUGCAUCAACAAGCAUCUGAUAUACUCGAUUCUUGGUUGUUUCAAGGCAAUUGGCAACAUGCAAACGAUUUGGUUAAUCUCAAAUCACUCUCAAUUACUCAUAUUAUCAACGUUACUGAUAAAGUUUUAUCGAAUCAAUCGCAACAAAUACUUCAUAUUCCAAAUGGUCGAGCACUAGUACAUUGUCAACGUGGUGUAUCUCGUUCUUCAACAAUUGUUAUUGCUUAUUUAAUGCAUUAUAAUAAAUGGACUGUAUUACAAGCUUAUGAUUAUCUAUUAGCCAGACGACCAGAAGCAUCACCUAAUCUUGUGUUAUUGCUUCAACUAGCGCGUUACGAAAAAGAAUUGAUCAAAGCUAAUGAUGAAAAAUAA